AUGACUGUACAGCCAUCAUGGGAUAGUAUUCAUUGAUAGCCUUAUUCUCCAUGAAUUUGUUUUAUCUUUUUUACAUCUUGUGGUAGAAAAUUUCUUAAGUUUAACUAUGUGCACUGUGAAGAAGUACUUCCAUUUAUCCCAAGUCUUUCAAACUUCAGCUUCCUUGAAUGGCCCCAAGUUCUUGUAUUAUGAUCAGUUUCAAAUAAUGGUGUGGUUUUACUCCCACACUGUGUUUUGGGAGUGGGCUACAGGAGCCCACGUGUGAUUCCAUUAACCAUGAUGGAUCAGUGGCUAUCCUCAAAUGGAACAGAUGGGGUAGCCCUCAGCUGGGCAAAUGAAACCAGUUGUGCUCUGAGAACAAAUGGGGUGUGAGAGCUGUUGAUUCAGGUGCAAUCCACUGGAUGCUCUAAACAACUUAGCACCUCAAACAUUGUGGCUUUAAAAUGUGGGAUUACAGCAGAAAACACAGUAGUGAUGGGGCUGGUCUAUAGAGAUAUGCAUGCUAUAGAUAUGUUACUUUUGAGCGAGUCAUUCAGCAGCUGUUAGAUAGGAUGGCUAAACAGAACCACAGUGUUCAGAUGUAGAGGAAGGAAUGGCAAAGGGUCACUGUUGCCAUCAUGCCUUGCUCAUGAAGUUUGAUACAGUACUUGCUAUUUAUUCAGUCAACAGAACACUAUUGUAGAUACUAUUGGAAGCAAAACACAGAGUGAGAUGGAACCCAAUUAAGAGCUUAUUGUUAUUCAGAGUAGGCCUACUGAAAUAAUGGACCUAAGCAAAUUGAUUUCAUUGAAUUUACUCUCAGUAUGAUUAUUGUUGGAUAUUGGUCACUUCAUCCCUUAGAUUUGUUCCCUGCCCUUUGCUCUCCUCCUCCCAUUGCCUUUGACACACAACAGCUGCUUUUAACUCUACUAUAAUGGAAGGCACACAGGUGAGACUUAUCUUCUGCCCACUAAAGCUGUAAAUGUAGGCAACUUUUGGCCUUGGUGAUGGCCUUGUUUUUGAGCUGUUCAUGGAACCUAGGAGACAGCUCCGUUUUCUGCAGCUGGUGUCUCCAUGCAGGUCUUCUAGCUAUUCCUCACCUCUACACUCUCACCUGAAGCUAUGGAUACAAGCUAAUCUGGGUCUCAAGCAGACAAUGAAGAGCAUUAUAGGCAGCGUAUAAAAGCACAGUAGGCCCUCCUCUGUCUCCCUCGGCUCUGAAGGCUGCAGCCAGCUGAUGCCCUGGCUUAGCAAACCUUCUUUGCUACUGUAAGACAGCCUUAGCCUUUAAAUCCUAUUAGAAAUCUCCUUUUGAACCAGAGAGCAAAAACUGCCUGCAGCUGGAUUAUUUUUUAUUAUUAUUUUGCCCCAAGCUAAAUGGACCUGGUUCUUUUGGUGAUGGUAGGUGGGUCAGGGAGAGGAAAUGCGCUGAAUCUAAGAAACUGAACUGCACAAUUUUGUUGUCUCUCUGGCAGGGGUAAUGAUGGUUCGGCUCCAUCCAAGAACUAGUAGGUGCUGGAGGAGAGACCCUAUUGGAACUGGAGGUGAUGUGGGCAGCCCAAGGACUCUGAGUGAGCCACCAUGGGGUUCAGGCUGUUGGCUUGCCUCUUCAACCUGCCUGUUGCGGUGGUCUACGGGUCUCUGUCCCUCUUCAUUUCCAUUUUGCACAACGUCUUCCUCCUCUACUACGUGGACACCUUUGUUUCUGUAUAUAAGAUUGAUAAACUCUCCUUCUGGGUUGGAGAGACGGUGUUUCUGAUUUGGAACAGCCUCAACGAUCCUCUCUUUGGCUGGCUGAGCGAUCGGGCUUUCCUUAGCACGCAACAGUCUGGAGUGGCGAUUUCCCACUCCCGGAAGUGGUUUUGAAAGAGACUCAAGGGCCCUGUAGCCCGCAAUGGCCCCCUCUUUGCUAUGGUUCAUUCCUGGCUUUCCUGGAUUGCCUGGGCCACCCGAGGCCUGGCAGUUCCUCAUCUGCUCUGCCUGUACGACAGCUUCCUCACCAUGGUGGAUCUCAACCAGAACGCUUUGCUCCGCUGACACUUCGCUGUGUCCGCAAAGGACAGGACCGGCCUCAAUUUCUACUCCUCACUCUUCAGUGCCAUUGGCUCUCUCUCUGUCUUCAUGUCCUAUGCUGUGUGGAACAAGGAGGACUUCUUCUCCUUCCGGAUAUUUUGCGUGGUGCUGGCUUUCGGCUCGGCAGUUGGUUUUACCCUGGCCACAUGGCUCCUGAGGCAGAGGUUUCAGACUGAGGGUCACGUGAAGUGGGAUGAAAAUGCAGCUUUGAAAGAACUGUAUAUUGACCAUCCAUCUGUUCAACAAGAGAAGAGAAUCACUCUGGCUGAGUACCUCAAGCAGCUCUCCCGACACCGCAACUUUCUUUGGUUUGUCUCUAUGAACCUGAUCCAGGUUUUUCACUGCCAUUUUAACAGCAACUUUUUCCCCCUCUUCCUGGAGCACCUGCUGUCUGAUCGUAUCUCACUCUCCAUGGGAUCAUUUCUGCUUGGAGUUUCCUACGUGGCUCCUCAUCUCAACAACCUCUACUUCCUGUCUCUCUGCCAGAGGUGGGGGGUAUAUGCAGUGGUGCGAGGGCUCUUCUUCCUGAAGCUGUUGCUCGGUGUGAUUAUGCUCCUUGCUGGACCAGAUUGGAUCUACCUGCUCUGCUUCUUCAUAGCCAGCAACCGCGUGUUCACGGAAGGGACCUGUAAGCUGCUCAACUUGGUGGUCACCGACCUGGUAGAUGAAGACUUGGUGCUGAAUCGAAGGCAGCAGGCUGCCUCGGCCCUCUUGUUUGGCAUGGUUGCCUUGGUAACCAAACCAGGCCAGACCUUUGCCCCCUUGAUUGGCACCUGGCUCCUGUGUGCUUAUACAGGUUACGACAUUUUCCAGCGGGAUGCCCUGAGCAAUAUCGUGAGUGCCCAGCCCAAGUUGGCUUCCAACACAGCCUGGGAACCGACGCUGCGCCAGGGCUGCUUCUACCUCCUUGUUUUUGUCCCCAUCACAUGUGCAUUGCUGCAGCUCCUCAGCUGGUCACAAUUCACCCUGCAUGGGAGGCACCUCCAGAGAGUGAAAGCUCAGCGCCAGACUUUCACGGAAAGUCAGUCCCAAGAAAUCAAGACCAUUUAAUUUUCCCGUGUAUCAGCAGAAAAUGUCCCUGAUCGUUUUGGACUCCUGCAGAAUCAACUCAACAAGGCGUGGGUGGAAGAAAAAGAGCAACUGAUACUCUUCUUGGUUAAAGUUGGUGAGUGGAAGCUUUUGAGUUGGCGCCGCCGUUACCUGGUUUUCAGCGUCACUUAAAAAUGCACCCCCUUACCCAAACUUUUGGAGGAAAUUGAUUCAGUAAGGCCAACUGUAAUUAAUGAAGGUCACAGGCAGUAUUGAUAUGGUUUGGUUUCUAGUUACUAAUGGUUUGGUUCUUUUUUUUUUCUUGCUCAAUUUUCUUUAAGUAUAUAAAUAUACAAAAGUUAAACACUCUUCCUUGCGUUUGGCAGGUCCAUGCCUCUUUCUCCAGCACACGGCAGCAGACAUGGAUGUUGCCCUCUCUGGUCUCCCAAAUCCUCCUUGGCUUGCAGCUCCAAUAUUCUCUGGCUUUGGCUCUUGAUGGUCUCUUGCAGCAGCUACAACUGCUCCACCAGCUGCUUCUCCCUCUCCUGGCUCUCUUGGAGCUUCUGGGCCGAGGUCUUGGCCUCCUCACGCAGCUGCCGGUUGAGGGCCCUGACACUCUUUAGCUCCUCUUCUAGGUUGUCCUCCCUCUUGUGGCUGGCCAGGUCCUCAUCUGCUUGCUCAGCUUCUUGUUGACUCCCUUCAGCUUGUUCUCCUUUUCUUGGAGCUCCUGGGCCAAGGCCUUGUCCUUCAGCAGCUUCAGCUCCUCCCCCUCCUGUCUGUCUGUGUUUUGCUGCUCCUUUUCAAUAGUUAGGCACUGGUUCUGCUCCUUACAAUUUUGUACUUGGGCCUUAGGGUCCCUGGAGGCCCAGUUCUUCUCACCCCCGCCAGCACCAGCAGGAGCAGGGGCUGACUUUAGGGGCUGCCGCAGCCGCCGUCCCACGGGAUCCUUUGUCAUUGACAACUCUGAUUCUCUUAUUUUGUUGUAAUUGUUCUAAAUUUUAAAACACAGUAUCACAGGCAGUAACCACGUCCAGCAAAGUUUCUGGUUUGCAGCUAAAGCACUUCCAUAGACUUUCAGCCUGUAUGGCUGAUAGUCCUUUUUGACCAAAGCUUCGUAACAUGCCGUAUUUUUCGCUCCAUAAGACACACCUGACCAUAAGACGCACCUAGUUUUUAGAGGAGGAAAACAAGAAAAAAAAUAUUCUGAA